UGGGCCCAGCCUGGCGGCUGCAGCUCGCCCCCUAUGAUCACCUGGUCGCAUGCUGGCGGACACACACACACACUCUUGGCUGCUGCCUGCGCGCAGGCUGGCCUGCUCUGCCGGAAGGGACACCAUUCAAUACUGGGGCCUAAGGCCUUGGCUCGGGCCAGUCCCAGGCGACAGAGAACAGGGGCCCGAGGCCCUCACAAGACCAGGGACGCAGUUACUCUGAGAGAUCCCGCUUCUGAUCGCCUCUAGGACGAGAAGCUGCCCUGUAACUGCUGAACACCUCAUAACCCACCACGGACCUGGAUCAGACAUCUCCCCUGACGUCUCGAAAGUGGAUAUCAGCUUGUCUAUCCUUUCAGUAUGCCGAAGGGCUCUCUACUCUGCCUAAACAAUGUGGAGCCCACCAUGAACAGCCCAUUUCAGAUACAGUUUUCGUCUUAGUCCAGAAAGCAUUAUUAAGAAGUGAACGUCUAACAUGGCUUUAGCAGACAAGAGACUUGAGAACUUACAGAUCUACAGAGUUCUUCAGUGUGUUCGCAACAAAGACAAGAAGCAGAUAGAGAAGCUGACCAGACUUGGAUACCCUGAGCUAAUCAACUUCACUGAACCUGUUGAUGGACUUAGUGCUCUCCACUUAGCCUCAGUUUCCAAUGACAUUGACAUGGUUAGCUUUCUCCUUGGACUCGGCGCUCACCCUGAUGUGCAAGACCACAUGGGCUGCACGCCGACAAUGAGGGCUGCGGAGCUGGGCCAUGAGCUGUCAAUGGAAAUCUUAGCCAAAGCCAAAGCAGAUAUGACGAUAGUUGAUAAUGAAGGAAAAGGUGUUUUGUUUUACUGCAUUUUACCCACAAAGCGGCAUUAUCGCUGUGCACUGAUUGCCUUGGAUCAUGGUGCAGAUGUCAACAACAUCACCUAUGAAGGAAAGCCAGUGUUCCUCAGAGCUUGUGAAGAAGCACAUGAUGUGAAGGAUUUAUGCCUGACAUUUUUGGAGAAAGGAGCCAAUCCUAAUGCUAUCAACUCAUCCACAGGGCGCACGGCUUUGAUGGAAGCAUCAAGAGAAGGGGUGGUGGACAUAGUCCGAGGCAUAUUGGAAAGAGGAGGUGAAGUGAAUACAUUUGACAAUGAUAGACACCAUGCUGCUCAUUUUGCUGCCAAAGGAGGCUUUUUUGAUAUAUUGAAGCUUCUCUUUGCCUACAAUGGAGACAUGGGGUUGAUUGGAAUGGAUGGGAACACACCACUUCAUUAUGCUGCUAUGGGUGGCUUUGCGGAUUGCUGUAAAUAUAUAGCUCAGCGAGGAUGUGACCUGAAAUGGAAAAAUUUGGAACAUAAAACACCCCGAGCUGUGGCGAAAGACGGAGGCUUCAAAGCCGCAGGCAAGGAAAUACGUAGAGCAGAGCGGACUGCGGCUAAACUUGCUAAGCCUGGAGCUAAAAAUCCUAACCCACUCUGGGCCCUCAGACUGCAUGACUGGUCCGUGGAGCAUGAGGCUUUCCUUCGGGAAUCCUUUGCCUUCGUGGACAGGGGCGAUGGUGUAGUCAGCAAAGAUGACUUCGUGGUGACCCUGGAGGAGAGGCAAGAGUUUGCCACCUCUGAGCAGCUGCUUACCGUUGCUCAAAUGCAUGAAAAAAGCCGGGACAGCGGGGUCAACAUUAACGAGUUCUUUAAGGGAACCAGAUACUUAGGCAAGGCUUACGUCUUGGGAUCUUUCGGGCCUAAGAAAAAGAGAAAGGGUUUGGGCAAAAAGGCAAAGAAAGGCAAGUUUGUUCUACCUCUCCCGAUAUGCACCAUCCCGGAGAUCGCCUUUCCGAGACGGCCAGACGGGGGCCCGCCCUACUACAUGAUCGAGACCUACCAGAACGUCACCGACUGCAGCAGGUUUAACCGGGACCGCCCACCUGAACACCCCAUCCAGGACGAUUCGGAGUGGUACAUUGAUGAUCCGGGGAGGGCCUUCACAAAUAUUAAUUUUAUCACCAAGGCAGGAGAUCUUGCCUCUCUGAAAAAGGCCUUCGAGGCAGGAAUACCUGUGGAUAUGAAGGAUACUUCUUACAAGACCCCACUCAUGACAGCGUGUGCCAGCGGCAACAUGGAUGUGGUCAAGUUUCUUCUUGAAAAGGGGGCGAAUGUUAAUGCAACAGAUAAUUUUCUGUGGACUCCACUUCAUUUCGCAUGCCAUGCUGGCCAGCAAGACAUUGUUGAACUUCUUGUUAAAUCUGGGGCUAUAAUAGAUGCAAUGUCAAUCAACAACUCUACUCCUUUAAGUAGAGCCAUUGAGAGCUGUAGACUGGACACAGUAAAAUACCUACUUGAUAUUGGCGCCAAAUUCCAGCUUGAAAAUAGAAAAGGACAUGUUGCCAUGGAUGUUGCAAAGGCAUACGCUGAUUAUAGAAUAAUUGAUAUGCUAAAAGAAAAGACAGAUAACCUGCCUAAACCAUUAGAUAAUCAAAAACUGAAAGGCAAGCUUCCUAAACUGAAGACCGAAGGCAUGGACACUAAGAAAGAAGAGGAAACACUGUCAUCAAUUUAUGCUAUACCAACAAUAACAGAAGAAAAGAAAGUACACAAGGAAAAUGUGGUUUACCUCAAUUCAUUGAUUACCAGUGGUUACACUAAGAAGAUUGAUAUCACAUUUGUCCCACAUAGGAUUUGGAGUCCUGAAGCCACAACAGCAGAGCUGAUCAGGAAGAGGGAACUGCGAAGGGAGAGGUUCACAUAUGAGGUGGACUUUGAAGACUUCAUGAUGCCUUUCCAAAAGAACAUCACAGAGAAAGCUCAAGCAUUGGAGGCAUCCCUCAAGCUCUAAGUCAUAGCAGUUGCCUCCUGGGGUUCGCGCUUUGUGGCCCAGAGUCCAAAGUUUGGAGAAAGUACGUAUAUCCAGCAGAGCCAAAGCAAUCCACCCAUUAAGAAGAUGUUAUUAAGGAUCAGGUUUUGCUGCAAUAGCUAUAAAUAUCCAGAGUUAUAACACACAGCUCUCUUUCAUAUUGCAAUGAAUGGCAGGUUAUUCAUAUAAAUGCCUAACCUUUAUUGACAGUGCAGUAGGCCACACUGAAGUUAUAAAUAGUGUCAAAAUUUUGCCAGAUAUGCUCCAUUAUGUUUAUUAAAAAUAAUUCUAGUGCACAUGUAAGGCCCUGGGAUCAAUCCCACAACCACAUUAAAAACAAAAACAAAACAAACAACAAUAAUGAUUUUGAUAGGACACAAAUAAAAAUAACUUUGGUAUAAAUAGCAUAUGCCUAUAAUCCCAACACUAUGAAGGUAGAGGACUGCAAACUGGAGGCCAUCCUGGGCUAUAUAACAAGACCCUGUCUCAAAAAAACAAAUGCUGAGAGUAUAGCUCAGUGGUAGAUAACUCACCUAGGAUAUACAUGGCCAUGGGUUGGUUUCCAACACCACAAAAAAAUUAAUAAAAUAAACUUAGUAGAAACUGAUAGAAACACAACUUAACAUGAGGAAAGAGAGAUGAUAUAUAGCCUUUGAGAUGGGAGUUUGUUCCUCAGUUACCAUUGUAAAAGCACCACAGAUACCUUGGACUAGGUAAAGUUUUGACAGUGUACAUGCCACUCUUUCCCUCUACUUUGAUAUUGUGGAGCUCUUGCAUCUGACUUUCAGAUGCCAGAAAACUCAAUCUUGAAUAGCAGUUACAACCUCUAGAAGCAACUCUCAACUCUCUCCCAGACUAAAGAAGAUUGGACUCCCUCACCAUCUGGUUGGAUGUCUAAGUGUAUGUUCUCACUGGACCAUAGAGCUCUGGAAUAGAGUUAAGGUCAUAAGGCCAAUAUGAUAGAUAGAUAGAUAGAUAGAUAGAUAGAUAGAUAGAUAGAUAGAUAGAUAGAUAGAUAGAUGCCUCCCAAAUACACCUAACACUGUUUCUAGGUAGCUUCUAUAAAGAUCCAAAUUAAAACUAAAAGCCAUAGGAAUACUCCAAGCUAUGAUUCUAAAACCACUAGUGAACACUUUGAAGAUAAAUUCCUUAUCUUCUACCUACUAUAAAAUAAACAUUUCUCCAAUUUGGAGAAAUUGCAACUAAGGAACCAUCCAGAUGGUCUUCAUAAAAUAGCUGAUAAUUUGAGCAAAAUUUUUUAUAUACUAGAAAACUAUUUGAGAAUGACUAAAGAUACCAUAUUCCAUUAAUAUUUUGGAGAGAGUGAAUCAAAGAAUAAAGAUAUAUUUAAGAAAUCUAGAAUCAAGAACUAAUAAAAAUAUGGGGGAAAGGAGCCUAUCAUAAAAAUAGUGCCCCUGAAUGUGUCCUGGGGGAUUUAAAUUUAAGGCCUGACUAUUGUUUAGAAAGAAGACAUGUCAAAGUUCUGACAGAGAUAUAGAACAGUAGAAUAGAGAGUGGGUGGGUGGAUGGAUGAGUGGAUGGUGGAUGGCUAUUAUCUACUUUUCCUCACUAAGUCCAAAAUACCUGUCAGAACAGUUUAAGCAAGGACGGGUUUAUUUGGCUCAUGGUUUGAAAGAGAAUAGGCUAUUACAGAAGCUGGUGGGGCUCAGCUCUUGGGGUGGGAGCAGGCAGUGCAGUGAGGCUUGUCAGGAAGCAGGAAGCUACUUAAAAAACUGACCCCCAAAAAACUAUUUCUUCAAGUUAGGCCAUAUUUGUAGAGUGUCUAUAAUGUCCCCCAAACAGUGCUACUAGCUAGGGACUAAGUGUUAAACACAUGAGCCUGGGGGUGAGUGGGAUGCAUUUCCUGUUCAAACAUGAUACAUAUAGAUGAUGGAUGCAAUGGGAUGGAUGGAUGGAUGGAUGGAUGGAUGGAUGGAUGGAUGGAUGGAUGGGAGAGUUGUAAGGAAUUGGUUUAUGAGAGUGAGUGCUGUUUGGACAAGUCUCUAAAUAUAUAAUACAGCCAUGAGAUGUGUCAGACUCUUGGUCAGGAACAUUCCAUGAAAUUCACAGGAGGAGUUUCUUUCUUCCUCAGGAAAACCUCACUUCUAUCUCUACCUUUAAAUCCAUUUUUAAGGCUACUUAAAAUGUACAGAAAUUCCUUUAUACAACCUUAUUUCAGCUGCCCAAAUCUGUACUGCUGAUAGAGCAAUACUAUGAUGUUUUCAUUGUCAACAUCAGGAAGCCAAUGCAUAAAGGAACUAUCUAGAGAACUUCUUCAGGUUUUACUAUUACUCAAAGUAAUAAACUUUACAUCAAACGAAAAUCCAGCCAAAAAAUGCAUUCAGUUGCUAUAUGUCUUUAGUUCCUUUUCCCUUAGAACAGCCCUCCUUUGUUUUUACUGUUUUAAUAAUAUUGCUACUUAAGAAUACAGGGCAGUUGUUUUGCAAAUAUCCCUCAAUUUUUGUUACACUACUUCUCUGAGAACAGAUUCAAGCACUAUGUUUGAGGCAGCAAUUCCAAGAAUGUGACAUGGCACUCUUCAGUACUUCUUUAACCAGAAGUUAGAAUUGGGGAAGUUUAUAUCACACAUCAUCACGUGUCCUCUAAAGUGGAGGUCCUCUAGUUUCUUCUCUAUGCACUUCGAAAUGUCUUGGGGAGUAUUUUUGAAAGUAUGUAUAUUUUCUUUCAUUCCCAUCAGUUUUACGCACUGAUAUUAAUAUCCAUGGAUGAUUCUUUCUGGAAUUUACACUGACAAUAACAAUAAGAUAAUAUCCUGAUGUUGUCAUGUUUCUAUUCCUUAAAUACCUUUCCUCUGCUGGCCAAGGUAUUCUCUUCUCUUAAUUUUGGUAAUUUAACUAGUACUCGGGCAUUUAUUUCUUACUUGAUAGGAUGUAACUGUGGAGACAACUCCAAACUCAAAUUGGUUAUUUAUCUGCCAUAAAUUAUUCUUCUGUCCUGAGCUAAUACAGCAGGUAAAAAACAAGCAAACUUAUUCCAGACCCCCUAUCCAGGGAGGUUUUGGCCCCAAAGUCAGUGAAGCAACUGCUUGCACCUGUGUAGAUAAACGCUACCACGCAUUUCCUAUCUCAUGUCUGUCUCUUGAAAUCUCAAUUUUCCAAACGAGUUGGUUUUGUUUCUCCCAAGUGCUCCCUUCUCCUCCCCUUUACCUAUUAAGUUUGCUUUUAAACAUUGCAGUUUACAUGAUCUUAAAUGUACACAUUUGUGAAGUAUAGUAUGAUGCAGAUUUGUUAAUAAAUCUCAUGUUCUCAGACUGAUGAAAUGGCUCUGACUUAGAGAGCUUGCUCUUGCAGAGAUCCUGGGUUCCAUCUCCAGCAUUUUUGCAUUCUUGUCAGGCAGCUCAUAACUGCAACUGUCUGUAACUCCUGUUCCUGGGGAUCCACUGCCUCCUCCUGGGCUGCAAAGGCAUUACACACAUGGUGUCCUUAAAUUCUUGCGGGUGAAAUAAUCAUAUACAGGAAUAAAAACAACUAAAUAUUUUAACUUUAAAAGUCUUAAAUUCUAAUGCCCCUUUGGGCCAUUUACCAUUGUGGGACAAUAAGUAUGUGGACACAUAAAUAAAUUUCAUUUUUCUGCUACUAA